AUGGCAAUCAUUCGUUCUCCGGCAAUACGUCGCACAAUUUGUGGUGCUGCCCCUUAUUUGCGAUCCUCACAAAAGAGAUGGGCGCAGGUUCAUGAUGUUCGAUUCUUGGCCACCCAGCAAUCGGAUAGAAUUCUGGAAAAGUAUAGGGAGAAGCUUGAUCAAAAAGCAAAGGAACAAGGUCUACGAGAUGUGAAUGAACUAAAGGAGGCCUACAAAGCUAAGAUCGAGGAACUGAAAAAGAAAGCCACCGUGACAAUUCCCGUGAAUGCCCCUCCAGCACCACCACCAUCUCCGACUACUUCAUCACCGUUUCCUGCAGCUCCGCCUCCACCUCCACCUCCAUCUUCACCUCAAACUCCCGCCAAGAAGGCAUCCUCCUCAAACCCUGGGCUGAAGACUCUAUCCUCGUACCUGGAUCUGGAGAUAGUACGCACUUUACCACAGAAAGAAAUCGAGGCACUUUGGCGACUGCGACACGUCGAAGAUGCACAAUCAUUGUGCGCAGCGAUACCUUUACACACAUACAAGACCAUUGAAGCCACAGCAAAGAAGUUUCCUACCUUCGUCUUACCGCUUGCAAAGGAGGGUCAGGGUGCAGAGAUUCAUUUCUUGCAAUGGACUUUCCCGGCGGAAAAUACAGUCGUUGUUCUCUUCACGCAUCUUGCAGAAUACAAAUUGAGGGGAGAAUACAGUCAACCACAUACUACAAUUACUCAUCAUUUGGAACUGGAAAAGGAUAAGGAGUUGGUUUUAUUACAUGGACAGGUUGUUGAAGGGAGAGGGGUUAGCGUCGACGACGCAAAAUGGUUGAUCAUGUGUUUGCAGAAGUUUUAUGGUCCAGUAGGGGAACAGAGUGAUAGACGUAGGUUGUUGGAGAUGUUUGGAAAAGGUGAUCCAGCUUUCAAAGUUGAGGAUUUGGUCGAGGAGGCCGAAAAGAUCAUAUAG